AUGAUGUGGCGGAGAGCCGUGCCCAUGGUUGACUGCUGUCCUCUUCUGUGUUUCACCAAGCACAACAGAGCCGCCGUGCAGAUCAGGGAGGACAUGAAGAAGAUGGUCCAUCCUCCCAUGGCCCAGCCGUGGCACGGUCCCGCACCCGCGCGGCCCUCCGGCAGCCCAGGGGUGUUCGGCGUGGCCCUGCUGGACGUGAGGGAACUGGGACUGGUUAAGGAUGGCGUUCCCAUGGUGAUGAGGACCAUGGUGGAGUAUCUGAGACAGCAUGGACUGGAGCAGGAGGGCCUGUUUCGUGUGAGUGGCAGUGUGCGUGCUGUGGACGGUCUGAGGCGGCGGCUCGACAGCAGGGAGCAGUGGGUGGAGCUGGGUCAGGAGGUGGAGGUCUGCACUGUGGCCAGCCUGCUGAAACAGUACCUGCGGGAGCUGCCCGAGGGCCUCGUCCACCCCUCUGUUCAAAACGCCCUCAUUCAGCUUCAGCAAGAGUCCAGUGAGGACGACUUCUGUAAGGACGUGCGGUCACUCCUGCAGCGGUUGCCAGACGUUCAUUACAGUGUCCUGCGCUACCUGUGCCACUUCCUCACUCAGGUGGAACAGCAACAGAACAGCAACCGCAUGACUGCGCUCAAUCUGGCAACCGUGUUUGGGCCCAACAUUUUCCAUGUGUCCCCAGGUUUCGAUGGCAUGCAUGAGCAGAGUGUGUGUAAUAAGAUCACAGCUACGCUCAUUCAGAACUAUAGCGCCAUCUUCGGGCCGGACGAGGGAGCGGAGCGUGCUGAAACCGAGGCGUUAAAUGUUAUCCUGGUCAAAGAGGCCCACAUGGAUACAGCACACACUCAGACAUCACUGCAAUCUCCAACCACAGAAGCACCCAGUCCCAUUCUCAGAAAGAAGGCCACACGGAACAGCUCCAGAGAAGAAAAGGACUCACCGAGAGAGAAAGAUCCACGCUCCGAGAGCCUUUCUUCCACCUCUCGGAAAAUAAAGAAGGCGAAGUGUGAGGUGGUGUUCACAUCACUUCCCCAGCCAGUUCCGUCCUCGGGAUUCCCACACAGCAGGCAGCCCGUGGAGAGGAGCUCCAGCCCCAGGGUGGAGAGCACAGGCCCUGGGGCCGAGCACAUGGAGCUGGGCCCUCCUGACCUGAGCCCUGUUCUGAGUGCGGGCCCGUUGAGCAGCUCCCAGGAGGACGAGAGACCAAUAUCUCCUUUCUACGUGAGCUCUCAAAUCUCUCCUGGUCUCUGCAGGCCGGCUUUAAGGCAUUACCUCGAGAGAACGAUCCGUUCAGCAGUGCAACAACAUCUCUUUGAUGUUCACAUGCGGACGGGUCAGAGGUCACCGCAGCGGACCGAGUUGACCGGCCACUCCUCAUCUCCCAUGACAACAGCUCGUGAGAGACGACGCCAGCAGCGUGAGCAAGCGGAGAUCAGAGAGAAAUGCAGGGAUGACACUGAUAAGGAGAACAUCCCGUCCACUGGCUUGAUCAGCCCCAGAGUUCAUGGCAGCGCUGCUGAGAAGAGACUGUGUGCCACGCAGGACGUCCCCAGGGCCAGGAAGCCCAGACACGACGCUCAGUCACCAGAGUGGAGCCUCAGCCCACACUCAGCUCCUCCCUCAAGAUCAUCCAGGUCUCACCAAAGCAAUGUGCUAGACAGCAUGGAGUCAGCCAAUAACAGGAAACCUUCACAACUCCAUACAACAGUGCUGUUUGUCAGCUGUCCGGCGGUCGACCAGGAGGCGCGUGGCGUGGCUCGUGGGCAGACGCCUGCCAUGAAGAUCCAGGAGUGUCUUAGUGGCCCAGAACCUUCGGAACACUUUGAGGACGUCCCUCGACUGGACCUGACUGCGCUCACGGAAGACGCAGACUGGGGAGAGCCGGUUCCAGCCUACUCAUCAUGGCAGAGAGAGAGCAUGGACCGUGACGAGGCGCGCCUCUCGCCCCAUGCCGGGGGGCGGCUCAUCCGGCAGCUCCUGGACGAGGGCGAGGACCCCAUGCUGUCCCCUCGCUUCUACGCCUACGGCGGCUCCGAGCAAUACCUGGAUGACCCUGAGGUCCCACCCUCUCCACCCAACGCGCACUCCUUCAUCAGUCGACGACGGAGUUCCUCGCUGGGCUCCUGUGAUGAUGACCGUGAGGAACUCUCCACUGCACAGCUCUCCAAGAAGAUCCAUGGCCUUAAGAGGAAGAUCCGCAAGUUUGAAGAAAAGUUUGAGGAAGAGCGCAAAUACAGGCCCUCCCACAGCGACAAAGCUGCCAACUCAGAGGUCCUGAGGUGGAUGAAUGAGUUGGCUAAGCUCCGGAAAGAGCUGAAAGAGCACAAGCUGCUGAAGUCGGAGGAGGACCUGAUCCCCCUGCCCCGUCAGCGUAGCAACACACUGCCCAAGAGCUUCGGCUCACAGCUGGAGAGGAAAGUCAGCGAGGCCAAAGCGCUCAGCACUCCCGCGGAAAGCACACUGGGCUCCAUCAUGAACAAACUCCAGGAGAAGCGCGCCGAGGUCAGCCGACCCGAGGACAUCAAGGAUAUGACCAGAGAACAAAUUGUUGCAGAGAAAGUUGCUCUCCAGAAAGCAUUACUGUAUUACGAAGGCAUCCAUGGAAGACCGGUCACCAAGGCAGAAAGGCAGCUCAUGAAACCACUGUAUGACAGAUAUCGCCUCGUCAAACAGAUCCUGUGCAGACCGUCCACCAUCCCUGUCAUUGGCUCACCCUCCAGCAAGCGCAGAGCGCCACACCUGCAACCCAUUAUCGAGGGGGAACCUGCUCUGUUCUUCGACCACUUCAAGGAGGAAGAGGAUGGCUCCGACGAAGACAACGACAACAGGACGCAGGUCACACACCUGACGGGGCGUCCAGAGCUGAGCAUGCUGGGGCUUCUGGAGCACCUGGACGAGGAGGUGGACGGUUUCAUCUCGCCUGUUGAUGACCUGUCACCCUCAAAGAACACUACAGACAUGAGGCUGUCCAACCUGCACGCUGCCACCACACAGGAACUGGUGGAACAACUCCAGGAAGCUCGUGAAGAGAAGAAAAGAAUCCGCAAGAGCCUGCGUGAGUUUGAAGACCAGUUUUUCCGGCAGAACGGCAGAAACGUGCAAAAGGAAGAUCGCACACCCUUGGCAGUGGAAUACAAUGAAUACAAGCACAUCAAAGCCAAGCUGAAACUACUGGAGGUGCUCAUCAGUAAAAGAGACUCCUCCAAGUUCAUUUAGCCUGGCAGAGCCCUUCACUGGACCCUCGCUGGGAACAUUUGUCCACAAGCCACACAAGCACAACCAGGCACUGAUAAAAAAAAAAAGCUUGUAGCGUUACAAAACUCAGAUUUAGUGUUUUUUUUCCCUUUUGGUUUGGUUGUUUUUGUGUUGUUUUUAUGUGGCUUCCAGGCCAAUUAGGCUGAUGUCAUCAGAGAUGUGGCCACUGUCACCUCUGCGGGACGUCUGUAAAAUCCUCACCGCUCACCUUCCCAACCCUCAGAUUGACAUCACCUCAGUCCUUCUGCGGGACGUCUGCAGGACCACAGAUGCAGGGCUGUCGCCUGCCACUGAUGGAUAGUGCUCCCUAACUGAUCCCUCAGUAGUUGAGACAAAUCUUCAUUCAUCAGCACCCCUCCAUACCAGUACCACAGCAGAGCAAAGAAGUUGACACGUCUGUGUGAAUUAUAAAAUGUUUUUAUACCACACAACUCGUGUUAGUUAUGUGAUACACCACUUUUGCAGACAUGUUUGUGUAAUCAGAGGGUUAUAAAUGUUUCAUAACAGAAUUGAGAAUCUGAAAGUCUUAGGUUUUAUAUAAUUAUUUGGUGGUGAAUAUAUUUUCACUGUAAGGCCUGUCAGAAAGGAGAAAAGAUUUUAGCAAAUGUUGGACAGAAAGCUCUGUAAAUACAGUAACAACUGCAACCUGCAUGCAAAUCAGGACAAAAUGUUGUUUUCUAAUGUUUAUUAGGACCAGUGCCAUAUUUCACGCAUGGCUCGAUUUACUAAUAGUGCUGCUGCUAUAGAAACAUUUCGUUGUAGGUCUUUCUAUUUUAAUGUACUGGUUCAUAUUCUCUCAUCAGUAAUUUGCUUAACUGCUUAUAAACAGUGCAGCCAAACAAGUUAUUAAUUUUGUUGAAAUGGAAUCACUCUGUACUGGAAGGCAGGUGAGAUUCUUUGAGUCCUUUUCUACUCUUAACGCAGAUGAACACCUUAGACACUGGCUAAACCAGGAAUUUGUAAUGUAUUGUUAAAGCAUUCUUUUUUCCUCACGUAUGAAAUAAGCUCCAUAAUCUAACUGGCUGUCAUUAUAAUGUCACUGUGUAACAGUGGCAUGGGCCAACAGUACAGGAAAGUGUCUGCUUUUCUUUUGUUUAUUGCCAAGCGAUAGUUUUAUGAAGAAAGAGAGCUGGGUCUAUUCCUUGUUCUGGCCAACUCCAGACCCAGACCCAGACGGGCGGUCCACAGGAGUGCGUGGGCCUGGCCUGUCUGGUUCCAAACUGGACAUAUGCAGUGUGACCUUCGUUUUUAUGGAAUGUGAACACUGAUGCUUUCUAAUGAACACAGAUGUGUACAUUUUAGUACAUUUUAUUUGUAUUUUGUACAAAUGACAAAAUGAAACCUAUUUUUACUGGA